AUGAAUCCGGACGCCUUUCGCGAACACUUCGACAGGGUGAUACGAUACCCUGGAAUGUCCAUGGAAGAAGCUGGCGCAUCGUGCAACUGGCCGGACGAAAGCAAGGUCAAUUUCCAGUUCGCAAAGGGACAAUCGUCGUAUGGAACGGACACCAACUGGACGGUGGAGGCACGGCCGCAGAAAGAGUUGGACGAGCAACGAGAGAUCUGGCACAAGUUCAUAAAGCAUGAUCUGCUGAAGUGGAAAGAUUACAAGCACAAAUUCAGUGGACGGGGGAUCGUAAUUGUAGGCGGAAGAAAGCCGAAGCGAGUCAAUGUGCUGUUGAGGACGUUAAAGAAUGUGGGGUCACAGAUGCCCGUGGAGCUACACUACUGGAAGGACGAGGUCGACGAGGAGAAGAAGAAGAGGUUUCGGGAGGUCUACCCCAACAUCUACUUCAACGAUCUCUCUGCACCGUCAAACAUAAUACAAACAAUGUACGGCAAGGGCGGUUCGCAUUUUUCAGACAAUCUCAAAACCGCAGCGAUGGUCAACUCUCGUUUCGACGAACCACUGCAGCUUGAUAGCGACAACAUUCCAAUCUUUGCCCCGGAUUCUCUUUGGGAGUCGGAUGUGUACAAGAAGCACGGAAGCAUAUUCUGGCCCGACAUCGCGCGCACACGACCUAACAACCCAGUCUGGUCCAUCACGAACACGAAAUGCCGCAUGGACGAAUACGAAAUGGAGAGUGGACAGGUGCUGGUCGACAAGAAGAAGCUCUGGUACCAUCUCCAACUGGCUGCAUUCAUAAACCACCCAGUGCUCAAGAAUGGAAUAUACCACGAGAGCUAUUACUUCGACUUCUUGCUCGGCGACAAGGACACCUUUCGUUUCGCAUGGCACGCGCUCAAGACCAAGUUCGGCAAACCCGCAAAGGCUGUCACCAGCGUGGGCACUCAAUCAGGCGACGAUGGAUUCUACUGCGGACACAGCUUUUUGCAAUACCACCCCGAUGGCAGACCUCUCUUCAUGCACGGCGGACUACUAAAGACGAUGCAAAAGCCAAUCAUGAAAUGGCAACGCGAACAAAAAGGUGGCAUUUAUCAAGCCUACAAGAAGAGCGACUAUGAGGAAGACCACGAUAAGCUCAUCAACGUAGCUCUUGGCUGGGAUGCCAUGGCUUACUUCCCCUACAAGGAGCAACUCAAUAAUGACGAACCUGUAUGGUGCUUAUUCAUGCCUGACGUCAAGGCAAGACCUCUGGAGGAGCUGGUUCCUGGUUUCAACAAGGCGUUCGAGGCAGUGGGAGGCUACUGGACGAUUGAAAGCGAGGGCGAGUCGAAUAAACAGGUAGAGCAGACUGAGGCUUGA